CCCUGACAAGAUAUGCCACAUAUGAAUGUCGGAAAGCGGAGAUAGGAUUUUGCUUCAGUUGAAACAUAAUGGUCAACCACUACAGGUCGACUCUCUGUCCGGUGAUCAUAGUGUGUCUGAUCUUAAAAAUGAAGUGUUUAAAAUAACCAACAUUCUUCCGGAAAAUCAGAAAAUCUUAGGCCUCCGUACAACAAACAAUGAACCGGUAACAGACUCGACAAAAUUGUCAUGUCUUGUAAUCAAGGCCAAUACGAAAUUAAUGUUAAUUGGAUCAACUCAGGAAGCAAUCCUUAAGGUUAACAGUGCUAAAGAUAGCCCUGAGGUUGUCGAUGACUUCGAUUAUAAAGAAGAAGACUUAGACCUAUGCGAUGUUCCAGAGAAUAUUGAAAAAGUUGAGAAACGCUGUAAAGCUUAUCGUCCUCGUAAAUUAGCUGAAUUUAGAGCUGGUAAAAAUCUACUGGUUCUGGACAUCGAUUAUACAAUUUUCGAUCACCUAACACCAGCUGAAUCGGCACAUCAAUUAGCACGUCCGUAUUUAAUGGAGUUUUUAACACGUGCCUAUGUACAUUAUGAUAUUGCAAUAUGGUCUGCUACAAAUAUGACAUGGAUCCUAGCGAAAUUAAGUCAAUUGGGUAUUAUUCCUAUGCAUAUAGCUAAAACAUUUCAACAUCGAACUAGUCAAGUUGAUAGCUCUAGUUCAACAGUUAGUAGUAGUGUACUGACUUCAGAUGAGUGGAUUGCAACUGGCAGAUUAUUUCAAAUAGCUUUACUGCUUGACUCAUCGGAUAUGAUUAGUGUUAACUUUAAUGAACGUGGUAUCAAGGAAGUUAAACCAUUAGCAGUCAUUUGGAAAAAUCAUCCUCAAUGGGGACCGCAUAAUACAAUUAUGUUCGAUGAUGUUCGUCGGAAUUUUAUUAUGAAUCCUCAGAGUGGAUUAAGAAUCCGUUCAUAUCGUGACGCCCAUGUAAACUGUUCACGUGAUCGUGAAUUACUUCAUUUAAUUGAUUAUUUAGAAUUAAUCGCUCAACAGGAGAAUGAUUUCACUAAAUUAAAUCAUAACAAUUGGGAACAUUAUGUACAUAAAUAUCGUAAACAAUUGAAACUAUUGAAAAGUCAACAGAAACACUUGAAACAUCAUGAAGAAAAUAACACAAUAACUGGUGGUGAUCCAUCACCUACUGUACAGUCAACUACUUCUUCCCUAACGUUGCCUUCUUAUUCAACCUCUUCGCCUUUGUCUUCCUCCUCCUCCUCCUCAUCAACAUCAUCGUCGACGAUUUCUGUAAGCACGACGACGACGACUGUUGAAUCUUCCCCUGUUGUUGACACUCCUGCUCCCUUAUCACCAUCUCAUCGUCGUCUUACAGAAGAUGUGUCUAAUCCUGCUUCUUGUAGAAUAAUUACUUCUCCUCCUGCUCCUCCUUCUCCUUCUACAGUCACUUCCUCUCAGUCAGGCCAGAAACGUGCACACGAUACCAGUAGCUGUUCAAAUGAAGACGACAACAUCAGUCAUCACAAUGAUCAUCAUUCAACAGAUAAUGACAGUGAAAUAUGCGAUGUUGCAGUGGAAAGUAGUGUAGUUGACUCGUCAAAGUCAUUGCAUAAAACAAGUUCUUCUUGAAAAAAAAAUGCCAUUCAGUAGAACUCAUGUGUAUAUUGAAAGCGCUAAUUAACACACAGUACUAUUGUGACUAUUAUUAUUAUUACUGUUACCCUUAAUUACUUUAUCUAUGCAUCGAUGGUUUUGAAAAAAAAAUGCGCACCUAUGAGAAAAAAGAAGAAAGAGUCAUUUAUAUGUUGAUAAUUGAAUCUUAUUUCUUGUGUGCUGUUUAACACAGAUUAAUUGGGUUAUAAUACUACUACUGAUAAUAAUAACAGCAAUAAUAUUAGCAUAU